AUGGUGAUCCUGCUGAACUGCGUCACUCUGGGGAUGUACCAGCCCUGCGAGAACAUAGACUGCACCUCAGAGCGCUGUCAGAUUCUACAGGCAUUCGAUGCAUUUAUCUAUAUUUUCUUUGCACUGGAGAUGGUGGUGAAGAUGGUGGCUCUGGGGAUCUUUGGCCAUUGCUGUUAUCUUGGCGAUACUUGGAACAGACUGGACUUUUUCAUUGUAAUGGCAGGGAUUGUUGAAUACUCCCUUGAUCUCCAGAACAUCAACUUCUCCGCCAUCAGAACAGUGCGUGUACUCAGACCUCUCAAAGCCAUCAACAGAGUACCCAGUAUGCGUAUCCUGGUGAACCUGCUGCUGGACACUCUGCCCAUGCUGGGAAAUGUGCUUCUGCUCUGUUUCUUUGUCUUCUUCAUUUUUGGCAUAAUUGGCGUGCAGCUAUGGGCUGGACUAUUAAGAAAUCGCUGUUACCCAGAGGAGAACUUCACCCUCACAUCUGGCAUCACCCUCCCCACCCCAUAUUAUCAGCCUGAGGAGGAUGACGAGCGGCCCUUCAUCUGCUCUCUGGCUCAGGAUAACGGCAUCAUGUCCUGCAGCGAUGUGCCCGCUCGGAGAGAAGGUGGACGGGAGUGCUGUCUAGAUAAAGAGGAUGCACUGCACCGUCAGGCCCUGGGCCUGAGCGUGGAGCCGCUGGUCAAUGGCAGUGCCUCCACUGUUGGGCUCUGUGUGAACUGGAACCAGUACUACACCCGCUGUCACACAGGACACACCAACCCACAUAAAGGAGCGAUCAACUUUGACAACAUAGGUUACGCAUGGAUCGUCAUAUUUCAGGUGAUCACGCUGGAGGGUUGGGUGGAGAUCAUGUACUAUGUCAUGGAUGCUCAUUCCUUCUACAACUUCAUCUACUUCAUAUUCCUCAUUAUCAUUGGAUCUUUCUUCAUGAUUAAUCUGUGCCUGGUGGUCAUUGCCACUCAGUUUUCGGAGACCAAACAGCGAGAGCACCAGCUGAUGCAAGAGCAACGUGCUCGCUACCUGUCCUCCAGCACGCUGGCUUCGCUCGCUGAGCCCGGAGACUGUUACGAGGAGCUCUUCCAGCUGGUCUGCCACAUCCUGCGCAAGGCCCGCCGCCGCUCAGCUGCCCUUUACUACAUGCUCCGUGGCAAAGCCCCUCCCCCUGAGGGAGGGAGGGGGCGUGGCAAAGGAGGAACAGGAUCGACAGGGGGAGGGGCUAAUGUGAAUGGCAGCGAAAGACACCACUGCCAUUCUACUCAGAUCCCUCACUGUAUUCAUGAUACCAAGUUGGACCAGAGCUCCCAAUCUCUGGAGAACGCCAUCUCCCUCUCCGUCACCCCGAACACAGAGGAGUGUCUACAGUGUGCUGCAGCCCCGUCACUCAAGGAAGGGCUGGGACUGACGGGGCACUCGGCCAAUGGGGAGGAAGAGGAGGUUGCGCUGGAGGAGAACGACAGAGAUGAGAACCGUUUGGACGAGAAGGGGGACAAUGACUCUGAGGACAUGCCGAAGAGGAAACGCACCUGUUUAGGGAAAUGUAAAGAUAUUUGGGAUGAAAUGAGCGUGAAGCUUUGGGGUAUAGUUGAAAGCAAGUACUUCAACAGAGGGAUUAUGAUCGCCAUCCUCAUCAAUACGAUCAGCAUGGGCAUCGAGCACCAUAACCAG